AUGAGCCUGGCCCAUGCCACUGUGCUCCUGUGGGCAUGGGGCAGUCUCCAGGCCUUCGAAAUUGUAGAAAAGGAGAACAUUUUCUGGAAAACACCCUGCCCGGCUUUCUUGAUGUUUGACAAUGCAGCCUACCUGGCCGACAUGACCUUCGAGCUUCCCUGCCACUGCAAGCCCGAGGAGGUGUCAGCUGUGGUCUGGUACUACCAGAAGCACCUGGGCAGCGGCCACACCAAAGUGCUGACGGACUUUGAUGGGCGGGUGCUGACGGAGGCAUCCCACGUGCGCACGGGCAGCGACAUGCUGGUCCGCUUCAGCAUCCGCAUGUUUAGCCUGCUGGUUUUCCGGGCCCAGCCCGAGGACUCAGGCCUGUACUUCUGCGGGACCCGCAAGGGGGAUUACUUUUACGCCUAUGAUGUGGACAUCCAGAGCAAUGAGGGCAUGGUGGCCACCUUCAAGGAUGAAGGCCAGCAGCCUUUUGAAGACGAGUACCAUGGGGACCUCCAUGUCUUCACCACCUUCUGGGAGUGGACUCCCUGUGACCGCUGUGGGGUCCGUGGGGAGCAGUGGCGCAUUGGCCUCUGCUACCUGCAGAGCCCUGGCCUGUCCCCACGCUACCGCAAGACGAUGCCCAACGUAGUGUCUUGUGGCUCGCAGGCUGUGCCAAGGAAGCUGCGGACCCUAGCCAGCGGUCACACUCCUGAACUGCUGGUUCGGAGCUGCCUGGUGUCCUGCAAGAGGCAGAAGACGAUCCGGGACAGCAUGCUGGCCAUCUUCAAUUACGUGUCCAAGCUGGGCAGCCGGCCCUGGGUGCCCCAGGUACCCAUUCAGUUCCACGAGCAGAGGCUGGGACACGGACUCAUCAUCUCCUGCCCUGGUGCCCGGCCAGAGCAUGCUGUGGCCUGGGACAAGGACCACCAGCACUUGUACCGCACACAGUACCUGGUAGGUGUCAACAGGUCCAUGAGAGUGUUCAUCGACCACGGCCACCACCUCCACAUCCGCUUCACCCAGCUGAGUGACCGCGCCAUCUACUAUUGCUGGCGGCAGGGUGUGAAGAUCGCAGGCUUCCGGCUGGCUGUGAAGUCCCGCGGGCACUAUCAGGUCUCCUUCUCAGACCCUGAGACUCGCUCUGCCCUCCAGCUCACCCUCAUCGGCUACCUGCUCAUCACUGCAGUCUUUACCACUGUUCACCUCUGUCGUUGCUGCUGUUACUUAUUUCGCUUUUGUCCCAACUUCUCUCCCUAG